AUGAAGCAUGGCAGAGCACAAAUUAGUACACAGCUUGCUUCAAAACUGGAAGGGGCAGGCAUCUUUUUAUUAGCAAAAGCAACCGUAGACUAUGUUUCAGCUGGGUUGCUUGUAGUGAUCGAGGCAACGAGAGAACGCUCCGAUCGUCGCCAGAUAACACAAGAGCCCUUCCUUCAUUCAGGGCGGGUCCCAGCUGAAUCAUAG